AUGUCCUCGGUUAAUUCACAAAUUCAAGAUCGAACCCUCUCUCUCCCUCGAAUUAUGUGUCUCCACGGCGGAGGAACAAAUGCAAAAAUCUUUCGGAUGCAAUGUCGGGCACUCAUCGCCCAACUCAAGUCAGAGUUCCGAUUCGUUUUCGCAGAGGCCCCAUUUAUAUCAGAAGCCGGCCCCGAUGUCAUGUCAGUGUAUAAUCAAAUGGGACCUUUCAAACGUUGGCUUCGUUGGAAACAAGAACAUCCCGACAUCGAGUCUGAACGUGUUUUGAGAGAGCUUGAUGAGUGUCUAGAAAAUACAAAGUUGCAGGAUAAUGAGCUCGGGGGUACGGGCGAGUGGGUAGCUUUGCUUGGCUUUAGUCAAGGGGCGAAGUUGUGCGCGAGCCUGCUCUAUCGACAGCAAGUUCGAGCCCAAAAAUAUGGCAAGCACGUAGCUAUUCAAGAAUAUCGAUUUGGCAUCUUGUUCGCAGGGCGUGGACCGUUAUUAUCCCUAGAUCCUACUUUGACCUUGAGUCCUGCCCUGCCAGAUGUGUCGCAAAUAACGGACUACACACAAAAUGUUCAUAGCCAAGGCCAUAUUUUGCGUAUACCAACAAUUCAUGUACACGGAACGUGUGACCCAGGCCUGGAUUUUCAUCGACAGCUAUUUGAAAAGCUGUGCGCGAGGGAAAGUAGGAGGUUGAUUGAGUGGAACGGAGAGCAUCGAAUGCCUUGGAAGUCUAACGAUGUGUUGCUCGUCGCUGAUGCCAUUCGUGCGCUUGCAAAGCAGGAAAAUAUCGCUGCUUGA